AUUGUUAACCAAAAAAGCACUGAAGUUUUCAUAGCCAAAAUUAUUUGAAAACCUUGUCAUAAAUCGAAGCUUGUAGAAGUAGCGAUGUCGAAGGAGAAUGAACCAGCAAAGCUUCUUUUACCUUAUCUUCAACGCGCCGAUGAGUUGCAGAAACACGAACCUCUCGUCGCCUACUACUGUCGAUUGUAUGCUAUGGAGCGAGGAUUGAAGAUUCCUCAGAAUGAGCGUACAAAGACCACUAAUUCCAUCCUUGUUUCGCUUAUAAAUCAACUUGAAAAGGAUAAGAAGUCAUUGAAAUUGGGGCCUGAUGAUCAUUUUCAUGUGGAGGGAUUUGCCUUGAAUGUUUUCGCGAAGGCAGACAAACAAGAUCGAGCUGGGCGAGCUGACUUGAAUACAGCAAAGACAUUUUAUGCUGCGAGUAUCUUCUUUGAGAUCCUUAAUCAGUUUGGUGAACUCCAGCCUGAUCUUGAGCAGAAGCAGAAGUAUGCAGCUUGGAAGGCAGCAGAUAUAAGGAAAGCUUUGAAAGAAGGAAGGAAGCCUGUACCAGGCCCUCCUGGUGAUGAAGGAGAUACUUCAGAGCUGUCCAGUGCACAAAGUGAUACAUAUGAUCUUCAACCUAGUGGAACUGAUUCAGUCAUCAAAUCUGCACCAGAAUCCGAGUCGUUCAAUCACAUGUAUGACAAUGCACAGUAUUCUGCAAAUAGACCUGCUCCUCCAGCAGCCACCCCACCACCACCUCAUCUACACAUCCCUCCACCUCCGUCAGUCACCACACAGACACCUCCUUCACACAUCCCUCCAUCACCACCGGCAGCCACCACACAGUCAACUCCUUCACAUGCCCCUUCAUCUCCUCCAUAUCCUGGUGAUGAGUAUCCUCCUCAUGAUGGCUAUUCUUCUCAUAAUUUCCAGCAGUCUCCAUCCCUUAAUGCAUCUGAAAAUUCUUCUUACCCCCAGCCGUAUCACCAUCAACCUUAUGCGCAAGAACCACAGUCUCACUUCCCACAGCAGCCUUACCCUUCGCAAUUCCCCAAUUUCCAGUCAUAUGCUAGCUUUGCUGAGAGCAGUCUUCCUUCUGUACCAUCACAUUACCCUUCUCACUACCAAGGCGCUGAUGCUUCGUAUUCCACAUUGCCUGCCUCUAGCACUGUAAACUAUCCAUCACAAUACAGCAAUGGAACUGCAUCAGAAACUGCAGCUGCUCCUGUGAAAACAUAUGAAUACGACAGCAAUUACCAGCCCUCUCCGGAGAAAAUAGCUGAAGCGCACAAGGCUGCAAGGUUUGCUGUCGGGGCUCUGGCAUUUGAUGAUGUCUCUAUCGCUGUAGAUUACCUCAAAAAAUCACUUGAGUUAUUGACAAAUCCAUCAGCUGAUCAAUGAAGUGUAUUGUGCUAAACACCUGGACUAACUGUGUAAACAUUUUUCUGCUGUGUUUUCACUAUUUGAUUUAAUUUGUAAAUUGUGUUUUUCAUCGACUGCUCUACCAUUUUUAUGUUGAAACAGUGUUGCGGUUAUGUAUGCGUCUACGAGUCCAUCAGCUUUUUUAUUUAGAGAGCUAAAUAGAUGUGCAACUUUCUCUAUGAUCUCAUUUGAUUAUAUAUUAUGGUGACUCUGCGCUUCAA